GCUCACAGAAGCAGCAUCCCUUCUUCAAUGCUGCUGUCUCCCGCCGCCGCUGAGCAGCCGCUGCAUGAUUUGGAUACUCUUUUGGAGAAUGCUGGUCUACAAGGUCUCCUGGAGAAAGAUUUCGUGUUGAUGCAGGGACUGAAGCAUGACCUCAACAAGAAACUGGCUGACAUGAGGGAUAAUAUGGAUUCUAUGUCAGCAGCAGUGAGCGCGGGCGCGCCUCACUUGGCCCUGCAGUGCGGCACGGCAGGCGUGGCCGCGCCCGCUGACCUUAUGGUGAACAGGUACCGACAGGUCAUGAGGUUAUUUCCAGAAUCAAGUUUGACAGGAACUCCUACGGUCAGCAACACAUCCACACCGCGGAAACGGACUUCCACUCAAUAGUAUAUUGUAUUACAUAAUCAACAAAUAAUAAUUUCCCUUAAAAUGUA